CAGGAGAAGUGUCGCCGUCGCUACGGGAGAUGGGGAGCGCGCGCGCGCGGGAGCGGCCGGAAGCGGGUGGGAUGGCGCGGCGGCGCGCGCUCCCGCGCUCUCUCCCGGUGCCCGCGGCCGGCGGGCGCGCGCCGGGGGGAGGCGGGGCGGCCGGAGCGCGGUGGCGGGUUGCUGGGGCGGCGGCGGCGGCGGAGCCAUGGGCUGCUUCUUCUCCAGGCGUAGGAAGCCGGCGCAGGGCGGGCAGCAGGCGACGGCGGCGGGAGCCAGCCAGGACGCGGCGGCCGGCGAAGAGAAGGCGCCGCGGUACAGCUGGGAGCAGCGAGCCAAGAUUGACCCGAAAGACUACACGUUUUCUGGACUUAAAGGUGAAACUGUGGGUCGACUGCCUGGAAAAGUAGCAGGGCAACAAUUUGUCAUUCAGGACUGUGAGAACUGUAGUAUCUACAUAUUUGAUCAUUCUGCUACAAUCACUAUUGAUGACUGUAUAAACUGCCAAAUCUUUCUAGGACCAAUAAAAGGCAGUGUUUUCUUCCGUGACUGCAAAGAUUGUAAAUGCAUAGUGGCCUGCCAACAGUUUCGUAGUCGGGACUGCAGAAGGCUGGAGGUAUUCUUGUGUUGUGCCACGCAACCCAUUAUUGAGUCCUCCACGGGUAUGAAAUUUGGCUGUUUCCAGUACUAUUAUCCUGAGCUUGCUUUACAAUUCAAAGAUGCUGGACUGAGUAUCUUCAAUAACACGUGGAGCAACAUCCAUGACUUUACCCCUCUGUCAGGAGAAAAUAACUGGGGGCUUUUGCCAGAGAAUGCUGUAGUUCAAGAUUAUGUUCCUCUGCCGAGUUCUGAAGAUCUGAAAGCUGUCAGAGUUUCUACAGAUGCUAUGAGGAGCAUAAUACCAAUAACUCGAGGGCGGAGACAGAGAAGCAGUGAUGAAUCAUGUUUGGCAGUGUUUUUUGCUGGUGACUACACGACUGCAAAUGCCAGAAAGUUAAUUGAUGAGAUGACUGGCAAAGGCUUUCAGUUGGUACAGACAAAAGAAGUCACAAUGAAAGCAGAGGAUGCUCAGAGAGUUUUCCAGCAGUGUGCAUCAGAAUUCAUUCCACUGCUUGAAAAAGGCCCUGUAGUUGCUUUGGAAUUCAGUGGAGAUGGUGCUGUGGAAGGAUGUCAGAGCGUUCUAAACGAUGUUUUCAGUGGAACCAAGGUUUUUGUAUCGGAGAGCAAGGCAUCAGCGUCUCAAGAUGUAGACAAUUUCUACAACUUUGCUGACAUGCAGAUGGGAAUGUGAAGUCUAACAUGUUCACGUAUGGUUUGUCCCAGCACUUGGAUGUCGCUUGACUUGAAUAUUGCAGUAGUAUAAGAAAAGUUUUCUCAUUUGGUUUUGUAUUGCUUCUAUAUCCCGUUUAUAAAAGCUACUGGUGACUUUAAUACCGUAUUACAUGAACUACAGUAAAUGGUAUAGCUCCUCAUGUAUGUUGUUUGAUACUUACAUUUCAACUCCAAAAACUGUGGAGGCUUUUUUUUUCCUCUGACUUCUCUCAACUUUACAGUGAUUUCUUUCUCUCAUUGACACUUGAGUGUUUCUUACCAAUAUCUAAUGGUAAGUCAUAUUUGAAAAGUGCAGUGCUGGUCCACAUUUGAUGCAUUAGUAAUUGUAAACUACUUAACUCAGAGACAUUGUAUAGAAAGUGCAUUUGUGUGAAACUUACUGUUCAAAACUUUCCCCCAUGCAAAUUUGUCUUCAUUGGGGGCCAGAGAGGAAGCUGUAGUCAAUGACUUUUUCUGAAAGCUUAAUCUGAAAUGCUUUUAUAGCACGCUUUCAGGAGCAAUGUGUGACUUACCCUCUUAUAAACUGUACAUUUGGUUUAUUCUGCUUCAGCAUCUUUAUUCAGUGAAGCUGUCUGCAGCAGCAUUUAUGCUGAGGGCUGUCAUAACAGCAUUCUGAGAAGCAAACUCUUCCUAGGCUUUUGUGCUCCAAGGUGAAUUUUGAGCUUGAGUGCUCUGCAGAAGAUGCUGUAAGGUUCCUUUCAGGUCUGGUCUGGUAUUAUAGAUGCCUGUGGUAUUUCUGAGUAAUGUAUGGGAUAUACAUGAGGUUCCCUUAGACUCGAGAGUAACGAGACACCAGCAACAUCCUUGUUUGUUGCAAGGGACAUAUAGCAGCCUGGCAUCAGAGAAGGGCUCUGGCUUUAGAAAAGUGGGUGUUUUUUUUGUUUCCCCCCCCCCCCCCCAUCCCGAAGGAGAAGGGUUCUACACUCAGUAGUAGUACUGAAAAUUUGGCUGUAAAGUAUUACACUGUGCUGUAAAACUAAUUUUGGAUUAAUUCCGAAAAACAGACUAAGGAAGUGCUACUAGCAUUUUAGGAGAUGCAUUCGAAUAGUGAUCAAUAAGGAUGCUUAUUGCUAUAUAGUGCAUACUGUUAUGCAUAUCUGUCUGUCUAUAUAGAUAUGAAAUACCUGACUUCUUUGAGCACUUUAGAUCCUUGGUGAUUUUCUGCUGGAACUUAAACUUUAUGUCUGGGUUUACAUGCCCUCUGUAAUACUUCAACAGGUUGUGUGUUCAGAGGUACUGCAUUUCUUAAUUGAAAUGGUGGCUUGCCAGUUUAUGUAGCCUUUACAAUUCAUUGAACACACUUGGGCUGUGUUGAGUUGCUAAAGCAAUAAUUUCUUCAUUAGGGUCAUCCAUUCAAAGGUAAGGUCCCUUGCACCUUAACUGCAAGUGAGUCUCUUGACUCAUUGGUUUUUCUGCUCUAGAACUCCAAGAGUGGGUUGCUGAAAAUGCCUUUUUUUCUUUUCUUUUUUUUUUCUUUUUAGGAUUUACCACAUGAAAGAGUCUGUCUGUUCCUCUGAAAUUCAUAAUUCUGUCAUACCCAAGAGAUAUCUGAGUUGUCAUUUUGUUUCCUCUAGGCAAAUGCAUGCCCUUAAACUAUGUAUCAAGAAUAUGUCCGUAGGACCUCAUACUAAAAUUAUGUAUAGAUUAAAUAAGAAAGAGUAUCUCCUGAAGUCACUAAACAAUUAGCAUACCAAAGGUCAGAAAAAUGUCACUUGCAUGAAAUGUCUUUACUUGACAGAAUGAAAUAAGAUCAAAUUGGCACCAAAAUCUGAUUGGUAAUAGAAAUUACCACUUGUAUUUGCACUUAGUCAGCUAGGGUUUUAUACACACACACACACACACACACACACACACACACACACACACACACACACACACACAGUGUGAGGGCAGGCUGUGAAAACAGCUAAAAUAUUAGAUCAGUCUACUAAAUAUUAGGAGAAGCUGUCAGUGAACACUGCAGGAGUUAUUCUAGGUACAUACAGUAAAUGUGUUUUUCUGAUAUUGACAGUACAUUAGAAUUGUGUAAUGUAUUUCAAAACUGUCAUUGUGUAAUUUCUCUAAGCAGUAAGUAUACUGGACCAUCGCGGUCUCUAAACUUUUGCAUAUGAUAUGUCCAAGCUUACUGAUGACACAUUAUAUAUAUGUUAUAGGGUGGCUUUUUUUUUUUUUUUUUUUUGGUAUCUUCAACUUGAUCAGGAAAGAAAGUGCUAAAUGGAUUUUUGUGGCCAUCUUUAUUGGAGGACAAGAUGAUUAAUUGACUGUUAACCUGGGCUUUAAACAGAGAACACAUUUCUACCCCCCCCCCAAAAAAAAAGAAGAGCAUGGUGUCUUUUUUUUUUUUUUACAUCAACAGCAUACUUACCAAUGUAAAGGGAUUUUUGAUAAAAUUUGAAUUAAAAAAAAGUUCCUCAAUCCACUUAUUUAUCUUUUGACUUUCUUGCUAGCAAGAAUUAAGAAAACUUCUAGCCUAAAUAAGCUUACAUUGGUUAUCAUAUGUAUUACAGAAUGGUAUGUGCUUUAUGUAGUCUUUGUAUGUUUGUUGUAUACCUUUUUAUGUAAUUUGCCUUGCACUGUGAAUGUGAUUCAUAAUAAACAUUGAAAAUCUAAA